CCCAUGUGUGUCAUGACAGACCGGCCGAAGAACGCCCAGUAAGGGACCUCGCAAUUCACAGACAAUGGGGUCAUUUGACAACAAUGACACAAAACAAUUAGAUCUUAUCAACCUCCAAAGAUGCGUUCCCCGUGUUUUGCAGGCCCCUCCACGGAUGUGUGUUAUCUGUACCGCCCAUGGGGGGGCGAGAUCAUUCUGUGGAGGAGGCCCGGCUUUCACCGGGCGAGCGACUGACGACAGCCUCUCGUCAAGGAUGAAUCCAGUCCAUCUACGACCAUGUGGACCCUGAAUCCAUCUGACUCGCGCCUUGGUAUCACGGUUUAAAAAGAAAGUAACGUCAGACGCGUAGUGCCUGGUUUUUUGCCCCCUCGAGUCUUCUUCGUUUCCUCGUUGGCUUCUCCUCCUCCCCCUUCUCCUCGAUCCUCUCUUCCCGGACCUCCGUUCCAAACUCUCGUCCACCAAUCCUAACCUCUACUUGGCCGCGGGUUGAAACAAACGAAAGAUCCUCCCACCAUGACGGACGACAUCUCCAACACUCCCAGCUUCGGCCGCAACAAGGGCUCCAAGAGCAAGGACGGCUCGGACGCCGAGAACAGCCAGCCCCCCAACCCUUGGCCGGUGAACGACAACACGAUGCUCGGCGAGACGAGCGAUGAGCUGAACGACGCCCGGCUGAAGCAGAUCGCGGCGCAGGGCAGCGCUCAUUUCCACCGUCUGGGAUGGAAGCGCCUGGCGAUCGUGACCAUCGUCGAGGCCGUCGCCCUGGGCGCCCUCAGCUUGCCCUCGGCCUACCACACGCUCGGCAUGUUCCCCGGUGUUUUCCUCACCAUCACUAUCGGCAUGCUCUCCAUCUUCACCAGUUACCUCGUUGGCCGCGUCAAGCUGGCCCACCCCCACGUCGCCAACUAUGCCGAGGCUGGAAGGCUCCUGUUCGGCCGGUACGGACGCAUCGGAUACGAAAUCUUCGGAGCUGCCCUCGUCCUCGAGCUCGUCAUGGUUGUGGGAUCGCACGCCCUCACCGGCAGUAUUGCGCUGCUCGACAUCAACGGCGGCCACGUCUGCUCCAUCGUCUUCUCGGCGGUGUCGGCCAUCAUCCUCCUCAUCCUCGCCAUCCCGCCUUCGUUCACCGAGGUCGCCAUCCUCGGUUACAUCGACUUCGUCUCCAUCGUUGCUGCUAUUGGAAUUACCAUCAUCGCCACCGGAAUCCAGGCUAACAAGGGCCCCGGUGGUCUUUCGGGCGUCGAAUGGUCUGCUUGGCCCAGGGAGGGGGUUUCCUUCUCCGAGGCCUUUGUUGCCGUUAGCAACAUCAUCUUCGCCUUCAGCUUUGCCAUUGGCCAAUUCUCCUUCAUGGACGAAAUGCAUACGCCUACCGAUUACAUGAAGUCCAUCUGGGCAUCCGGCGGGAUCCAGAUCUCCAUUUACACCAUCACUGGCGCCCUCUGCUACGCUUUCAUUGGUCCCUCGGUUCAGUCCCCGGCUCUUCUCUCUGCCGGACCGCUCAUUUCGAAGAUUGCUUUUGGAGUCGCCCUCCCGGUCAUCUUCAUCUCCGGUUCGAUCAACUCAACUGUUGCCCUCCGAUACAUCCACGGUCGCAUGUACAAGAACUCGCAUCUCAAGUACAUCAACACUCCUAUGGGCUGGGCCAGCUGGAUCAUCCUGGUGGUUAUCUUCACUCUCAUCGCCUGGGUGAUUGCCGAGGCCAUUCCCAUCUUCUCGGACCUGCUUUCGCUGGCUUCUGCCCUGUUCGUUUCCGGAUUCUCGUUCUACAUUCCUGGCAUUAUGUGGUUCGCGAUCCUCUGCAAGGGCAAGUGGUUCGCCCGCGAGAACAUCCUCAUCAGUCUUGGAAGCAUUCUGGCCUUCAUCGUUGGUAUUGUGACUUUGGUUGCUGGCACUUACUCGACCAUUGUCGACAUUAUCAACGAGACAAACUCGGGCAGUGCUCACAAGCCAUUCGCAUGCCGAUCGUCUUAGAUUACAGGAUACUAUACACGUAUACAAUUACUAGUUUUAGCGAGUCCUUUGAGACUCGGUCAUGAGAUACCCACCAGUGGAAGAAACCGUUGCUCACCCACAGAUGAUCGCGAGUUUCAUCAUUCGGGCCUGUUUUGGCAAGCCUCGCAACGCUACGCCGUUAACUGAGAGCUGUGGUGAAAUGUGAUGCAAACCCGGGCAUAACUCAGGCCCCGAAUUUUUUUCUGUUGCAACUCGAUGUCAUAAUAUUAUGAAAGGAAUCUUUCGGGAA